AGGGACUGUGGAUGUUUCUGGACAAAAAUUCUUUCACAAGGGUGCACAUGCUGCUCCAGAGACUGGAGAACCUGGUCACCCUGGCCCAGUGGGCGAGGAGGCAGCUCAGUUCAGCCCACCUCUGGCACGGUGUGGGCAUCCCGUGUGUGGUGUGCAGGGAUACAUGUGGCUCCUCAGAAGUCAGACAUGGCUGCUGGAAACGAGCGCACAAGGCUCUAAAGCAACACAUCUUGCUUGGACAGUUGGUUCAGUGGUGGGGCAUGAUGGGGCUCUUGCCCAAAUACCCCGAGGCUCACGAGGUGAAGCGCAUUUCUCAGAUGUGGAAGGAAAUGGAUCAUAGUCAUCGGAAAACUUGUCUUGAGACAUCUGGAUGGGAGGAGGUAGGAGGGGAAAGAUGGAAGUCAUCUUUCAUUCAAGGUAUGGUGACUGAACUGGAAAAACAGCAUGGCUGCAUUUGGACUUCUGAGGACUGCACAGAUCAGGUCUACCCUCCCCCUAAUCUGCAAGCCCUACUGAAGCUUGUACUGGUGCCUCAUAUGGACCACAUGUCAGUCCAGGCAAUUCUCAUGUAUUUUAUCUUGGACAUGGCGAAUUUCCUGCAGUGCAAAGAUGACCUCCUACAAUCUUUCUGCCAUGCCUUCACAAUUCCUUCCAGCUUUUCCCAACAAAUUAGGGCCCUGUGGAUGCUUGAUCAUGGACACAUCAAGGCCUCUAUGGAGCUUCUGCUGAGCCCCAGGGCCACUGUCCCCUGGCUCUCCUGGCAACAUCGUUGUGUCAUCCACUGCCUGCUGGCGAGGAAGCAGCCUCGGUUGGCGUUGAGGUACCUGCAUUGGACUAUGCCUGCAAUGGAGAGUGUUGAGGAUGCCAAGCUCUAUACAGAUGUGCUACUACAAAACAGUUGUGUCAUUCCUGUAGGAUACAAAUGUGAAGGAGACAAUGGUGGGAUUGAGACUGCAGGCUCACUGCAGCUAAAGAUACAGAAAGACUGUUCAGCAGGGAGCCCAGCCUGUCCGCUAUCUGCCAAACUGUAUCAGGCUCAGAAAGUCAACUCUGUGUCCCGGGAGGAGCUUGUCAAACUAGUAAGAGAGGCUGUGAUGGAAGUGAGAGAACUACAUCCCAAGAUAAGUGAGGUGGUGUGGCCAGAGCACACAUUGAGAAAAUCAAACAGCAGAGAGAUGUUUCUGUCAACCCAGGCUCUGCGUUGCCUCACACCCAGCCCCUCCCCAAUGGACAUGGCUGGGGAAGUAGAGCACACAGCACAAGCAGAUAAACCAGAGGAGCAACCUGAGACACCAGAGCAUGUUUCCUCCUCCGAGUCCCCAUGUGUAGAGGAUCUGAUCUCUGAGUCUGUCUCCUCUAUUACCUCAGCCUCCUCCCUGCCUCUGUUGAGACAGGAGCAUCCUUAUGUGUAUCAGAGAACUUUAACUCUGCAGAGGAUCUCGUCUCUCCUCACUGAUGGAGAGAAUGAAAAUUGUUCUGAGCUGGCAGUGACACUAGAUGGCACCACAGACUCCAUUUCCCUCAGUGACUUGAACAAAGACAUUCUGCUUGAGCUGAUGCUUUCUGGGGAGGGUAAGUGCUGA